AUGAGAAUUGAUGAGAACGAAGGCGUCUCUGCUUCGAGCAAGCACUUGGUCUUCGCUUACUACGUCACUGGACAUGGCUUCGGUCACGCCACUCGCGUCGUCGAGGUUGUUCGUCACCUGAUCGCGGCGGGGCACGAUGUUCACGUCGUCACCGGCGCGCCUGAUUUUGUCUUCACAUCCGAAAUUAAGUCCCCGAGGCUCUUUAUUCGAAAGGUUCUGUUGGAUUGUGGAGCUGUGCAAGCUGAUGCAUUGACAGUCGAUCGUCUUGCCUCGUUAGAAAAGUAUGUAGAAACAGCUGUGGUUCCUCGAGCUGCAAUAUUGGAAACAGAAGUGGAGUGGCUUCAUUCUGUCAAAGCCGAUUUCGUGGUGUCUGAUGUCGUCCCGGUCGCGUGCCGUGCAGCGGCUGAUGCUGGGAUACGUUCUGUCUGUGUCACCAAUUUCAGCUGGGAUUUUAUCUAUGCUGAGUAUGUGAUGGCUGCUGGAUAUCACCAUCGCUCCAUCGUUUGGCAGAUAGCUGAAGAUUAUUCUCACUGCGAGUUCCUAAUUCGCCUUCCAGGAUACUGUCCAAUGCCUGCUUUUCGUGAUGUCAUCGAUGUGCCAUUAGUCGUGAGAAGACUUCAUAAAUCUCGAAAGGAGGUGAGGAAAGAACUCGGGAUUGCUGAAGAUGUGAAUGUUGUUAUACUCAAUUUUGGUGGACAGCCUUCAGGGUGGAAUUUGAAGGAAGAGUCAUUACCAACUGGCUGGCUGUGUCUGGUUUGUGGCGCAUCUGAGACCCAGGAGCUUCCACCAAAUUUUGUAAAGCUUGCUAAGGAUGCUUAUACACCUGAUAUUAUAGCUGCAUCUGACUGUAUGCUUGGGAAAAUUGGUUAUGGCACUGUCAGUGAAGCCCUUUCUUUCAAGGUGCCGUUUGUCUUUGUACGCAGAGACUAUUUCAAUGAAGAACCUUUCCUGAGAAAUAUGCUCGAGUUUUAUCAAUGUGGUGUUGAGAUGAUCAGGAGAGACCUAUUAAUGGGCCAAUGGAAGCCAUAUCUUGAACGUGCAGUUAGCUUGAAACCUUGCUACGAGGGUGGCAUCAAUGGUGGUGAGAUUGCAGCUCACAUUUUACAGGAGACAGCCAUUGGAAGACAUUGCGCAUCUGAUAAGUUAAGUGGUGCAAGAAGAUUACGUGAUGCGAUAAUCCUGGGAUAUCAGCUACAGAGAGUCCCUGGAAGGGACAUUGCUAUUCCGGAGUGGUAUUCAAGGGCUGAAAAUGAACUAGGUCAAUCUGCUGGAUCAUCGCCUACAGUUCAAGCGAACGAAAACAACUCAUUGGUGGAGUCGUGCACCGAUGAUUUUGAUAUCCUUGAAGGUGAUGUCCAAGGUCUUUCUGAUACAUGGGCUUUCCUUAAGAGUUUAGCCAAGCUAGAUGCUGUUCAUGAUUCUGAAAAUAGUGUGGAGAAGAAAACCAUGCGUGAGCGUAAAGCUGCUGGUGGGCUCUUCAAUUGGGAGGAAGAAAUCUUUGUUGCCAGAGCACCUGGAAGGUUAGAUGUGAUGGGUGGAAUUGCUGACUACUCAGGAAGCCUUGUCUUGCAGAUGCCAAUAAGGGAAGCUUGCCAUGUAGCUUUGCAAAGAAACCGUCCUGGCAAGCAGAGACUGUGGAAACAUACACAAGCCAGGCAGCAAGCUAAAGGACAAGUAGCAACACCAGUUCUGCAAAUUGUCUCGUAUGGAUCAGAGAUCAGCAAUCGUGCCCCUACGUUUGACAUGGAUAUGUCUGAUUUUAUGGAUGGAGAUAAACCAAUUUCUUAUGAAAAAGCAAGGAAGUUCUUUGCUCAGGAUCCAGCACAGAAGUGGGCAGCAUAUGUUGCUGGGACAAUCUUGGUGCUGAUGACAGAACUUGGUGUGCGUUUUGAGGAUAGCAUCAGCUUGCUGGUGUCUUCUGCAGUGCCUGAAGGUAAAGGUGUAUCUUCAUCUGCUGCUGUGGAGGUGGCGAGCAUGUCAGCAAUAGCUGCUGCUCAUGGACUGACUAUCGGCCCCCGAGAUCUUGCUAUCCUCUGCCAAAAGGUGGAGAAUCACAUUGUUGGAGCUCCAUGUGGUGUUAUGGAUCAGAUGACUUCCUCCUGUGGGGAAGCCAACAAACUCUUGGCCAUGAUCUGCCAACCUGCAGAAGUAGUUGGGCUAGUUGAGAUUCCCAACCAUGUCAGAUUUUGGGGUAUUGAUUCUGGAAUUCGACACAGCGUUGGAGGCGCAGACUACGGGUCGGUCAGAGUUGGCGCCUACAUGGGGAGAAAGAUGAUAAAGUCAGUGGCGUCUUCGAUUCUGUCACAGUCAACGUCAAGUGCUAAUGGAGGCAACCCGGAAGAACUAGAGGAUGAAGGGAUCGAUCUACUUGAGACCGAAGCUUCAUUAGACUAUCUGUGCAAUCUGUCGCCUCACAGAUAUGAAGCCCGCUAUGCGGAUAAGCUUCCAGAUUUCAUGGUGGGUCAGAAAUUCAUUGAGGAAUACGCAGACCAUGAUGAUCCGGUCACAGUCAUUGAUCAAAAGCGUUCUUACAGUGUUAGAGCUCCUGCCAGACACCCUAUCUACGAAAACUUCCGUGUCAAGACUUUUAAAGCGCUUUUGACUUCUGCAACAUCGGAUGAGCAGCUUACUGCUCUUGGGGGUCUUCUUUAUCAGUGUCACUAUAGCUACAGCGCGUGUGGACUAGGAUCCGAUGGCACCAACCGGCUGGUCCAGUUAGUACAAGGGAUGCAGCAUAACAAGUCUAAAACCGACGACGGAACUUUAUACGGAGCCAAAAUCACCGGUGGUGGCUCCGGCGGAACAGUCUGCGUCAUAGGCCGUAACUCAUUGCGCAGCAGCCAACAAAUUCUCGAUAUUCAGCAGAGAUACAAAGCUGCGACAGGGUAUUUGCCACUGAUAUUCGAAGGUUCGUCACCUGGAGCUGGCAAGUUUGGUUACCUCCGGAUCCGGCGUCGUAUCUCUCUCUGA